AUGGGCUGCUCACAAUCGAAAACAGAAACAAUAUCUAAUAAGUCUAUUGAACAAGAAUCGCGUCCAAAAUCUAUUCAAUCUUGUUCAUUAACUAAUAAACAAUCUGAUCGUAUUGUAGAAGACUGCAUUAUCGUUUGGUUUUUUAAUGAUACUUCCAUAGACAUUAAGAUUGAAAAAGCUAAAUUGCGUCAUGUGGUUUCAACAGUAAAAAUCUUUACCGAUCAUGAUGCUUUUAUUAAUUAUAUUAUAAACAUUCGAAUCGAAAGAAUAUUUCUCAUUAUACCUUCUACAGAAACGUUAGUUGAAUCAAUACAAAAUUUACCCCAAAUUGAAAAAAUUUACGUUCUUCAUUCAUCUUUUCAUGAAAUCGAUAACACUAUAGAUGUUACUACAUCAUCAAAUAUGUUUUAUGAUAUUGAUAAUCUUUCUCAACAAUUAGAGACCGAUGUCGAAUUGUGUGAACUUGAUCUCUUAAUUAUUACUGCUUCGGCUUCAUUAUCAAAUGAUGACACUACAUCGACUGAUGCAAAAAAACAAGAAGCAUUAUUUCUUUAUGUACAAUUAAUGAGAGAAAUUCUAUAUCGAUUGAAAUUUGAAAGUAAUGCUAAAAAUGAAUUUAUUAAAUUUUGUCGACUACAUUAUGCAAAUAAUUUCGAACAAAUAUGCAUGAUUGAUGAUUUUGAAAAACAUUAUCGACCACAAAAAGCAAUUUGGUGGUUGACACGACAAUGUUUCGUUUGGCGUAUUCUACAACGCAUGCAACGUACGUUUGAAAUUGAUAUUCUUUACAAGUUAGGUUUUCUUCUUAAACAUGCACAUACACAACUUACUAAUUUUCAAGAGAAUAAUUCUUUUAUGCCAGAAAAUUUAUUAAUUGUCUAUCGUGGUAAAACAAUGUUCAACGAUCAGUUUAUUUCUUUAAUAAAAAAUAAUUGUGGUGGUCUACUCUCAUUUAGCAAUUUCUUUACAGCUCACACAGAUAAAGAAAUUAGUCUUAACUUUAUUCGUCGCCGUCUUACUGCUUUUCUUAAUACAAUUGGUAUUCUUUUUGAAAUACAUCUCAAUUCGACGAUACGCAGUACAAGAAGUCCAUUUGCUGCACUUGAUAAAGUUCAUGGCGAUGAACAGAUUGAAAAAGAUGGUAUUUUAUUUAGCUUGAGUACUGUAUUUCGUAUUGAUUCUAUCAAAGAAUUUACUGACGAUUUAAUAAUUACUAUAUGGACUGUAAAAUUAAGUUUAGUUGCUGAUGAUGAUCAACAACUACUUCGUCUUGUAGCACCAUUACGAAGCAAUGAAAUACAUGCUAAUCCAUUGUCAUAUGUAGGCAAAUUAUUCAUGGAAAUGGGACAAUACGCAUAUGCUGAACAAUUCUUUAUUGGAAUGUUACAAGAUACGUCAGUUCUUAGCCAACCACGUCGUCUUGUACGUGUACAUAAUGGUCUUGGUGCUAAUUAUAUGAUUACUGGUGACUAUAUGAAAGCAUUAGAACAGUAUCAACAAGCACUUGAUGUCAGUUUGAGUUAUUUACCACAUUUACAUACUGAUCUUUCUCCUCUUUAUGACGCUAUCGGAAAAAGUUAUUUUCAUCUAGGUGAUUAUGAAAAAGCGGUAGAGAACUAUGAAAAAGCAGCGGAUAUAAUUGGACUGAAUGAUCAGUCAAGCAAUGAUCAAUUUAUCAACGAUUUAAAGAUGCGCAUGGACAAUACUAAGAAACUAUUUAACAAACAAUAA